AUCAAAUGGUAGGACCUCACUAUCCUCUGAAUCCAGCCUUUGCCUUCUCAAAGGGUCACUUUCAUUUGACAAAGUCCCAAAGAUAUGUAAAAUCCAAGAAAAAGUCUAAGAAAAUCACAUAGGAAAUCCUUGAGAUUCUGAUUUGAUAUCUCCAUUCGUAUCUCUCUUUCCUUUCUGUCAAAUAUUUUGCGUAUCUUCUUGAAAUCAACACCCUAUCCAUCAUGCCAUAUAUUAACAACCUCACAACACCAAACAUCAUAGCCAAAUUAACAUUCCUCAACAAACAAAAAUUCACAUAUUCAAAAAUCAUAUUUUGGAAAUAUGGCUCAAGUUGCCCCAAUAAUGGAUACACAAUUUCAUGUUCUAGCUGUUGAUGAUAGUAUUAUUGAUAGAAAACUUAUUGAAAGGCUCCUCAAGACUUCUUCUUAUCAAGUUACUGUUGUGGAUUCUGGAAGCAAGGCCUUAGAGUUUCUUGGAUUGUUAAGUGAUGAGAAUGAAGGGGUUGAAAUAAGAGAAGUGGGAAUCAAUUUGAUUAUUACAGAUUAUAGCAUGCCUGGAAUGACUGGUUAUGAACUCUUGAGAAAGAUUAAGGGAUCAUCAUAUUUGAAGGACAUCCCAGUAAUAAUUAUGUCAUCAGAAAAUGUUCCAUCACGAAUCAAUAGAUGUUUGGAAGAAGGAGCUGAAGAGUUCUUUCUAAAGCCAGUUCAACAAGCAGAUGUGAAUAGAAUUAAGCCUCAUUUGAUGAGGGAGAAAAGGCAGAAAGUGACACCAAAUAGUCUUAAGAGAAAGGCUAUGGUUGAAUGCCUUUCCCCUGAGAAGCCAAGAAAGUACAACAACUUGUGUGGCAUCUUUUGGCAAAACAUUUGUGAGUGAAGGGAUGUUGAAUUCUUUGAAAUAUUUUGAAGUAACAAAGGAGUUUCUUCUUCAACGGAGAAGGGAAUGUUUCAAGUGGAAGGAAAAUCUAAGAGGAAAAAGGACAUGGUUUCGGAGAAAACUGUAUCCCGAUGUUUGCGCCAAACAAAUGGAUGCAAGACAUGUGUCUCGGGACAGAUCUGUUGCACCAAACGAAUGAAUGUAAACAUUAGUUUCGAAAAAGAUUUGUCACAAGAGAUGUUGAAAGUCGUCACCCUGGAACCAUAGAUGCCAAUGUUCAAUCCAAUUUGAAACAAAUGUUUUUUUAUCACUUAGCAACAACAUACUGUUAAAUGUUCAAGAUGAUGAAAACCUCAUUAUGCAAUUAUGGGUUGUGGAUAGCAAGUGACUGGAUUAGCACUUUGUGUUGGGAGCCAUGAUCCAAGUAGCUUUACAAUGAUGCUACUGUAAUAAAGCAGAUCUGAUUUGAGUCUAAUUUUUAGGUCAUAUACAGAAUAAUACAUAUUUCCUUUUUGCUAUUGUACACAAUCAAUUUGAGAAAUAAAAUAUGUUACUUUUCUCUUUUCUUGGAAAAA